UACGAGGUUGAGUUUUUUAAAGAGCAAAAUUUUGUUGAAGUUAAAAAAAUAUUUAGGAGUUAGUACCCAUUUUCCCCAAUUUCUAGGGUUAGCCAAAAAAAUUAACAUUGUUUCGACCCAAGCAUCGAGCGAAAGUUUUCGCCAUCAAUAAAAAAGAAGCUUAUUCACUGAGACACAAACAUUGAAGAACAAAGCAGAGCAGAGGCCCCUCCUUUUCUCCAUUUUCUUCCAAAAAUGCAACCUUAGAUUGACUGAAUGGAGGAGGGUUUAACGUUGAUUUAGUAGAAGGAAAAAAAAUGCUGAAUUGCAUGUUGUAUGAGAUGAAAACAUGGAUGUGGGAGGGGGAAAAGGGGAUAAUGUCCGGGGAGUAAAUAUUGAGUCUAGUAAGGGUGGUGGUAGUAAUUGGAAUUUAAUAGAAAAUUCGACUGGAAUAGAUGUGGUUGUUAAUCCGAAUGAUGAUGGAGGUGCCGGAGGUAAGCCAUGUGUGGGGAUGGAAUUUGAGUCGGAGGAUGCAGGCAGGACAUUUUACGAUGGAUAUGCUAGGCGGUUAGGGUUUAGUACCCAUGUUGGUCAGUUUACUCGUACUAAGCUCGAUGGGCCAAUUGUAACAUGGGAUUUCGCAUGUUCAAGGGAGGUUUUGAAGAGGAAAAAUGUUGAAAGUUGUAAUGCAAUGUUUAGGAUCGAGAGAAAGGAUGGAAAGAAGUGGGUUGCUACAAAGUUUGUGGAGGAUCAUAAUCAUUCGAUGGUUAAUCCUAGUAAGGUUCAUUACCUUAGAUCUCGUAGGCAUUUUGCUGGAGCUACUAAAAAUGUUCCCGAAACAUCUGAUGCCGCUACUGAUGUUUGUGCUUUGGUGGAUGGAAAUCAUGUUUCUUGUGAAGCCACUAGGAUUGGGAAUACCUCCUGUGUCGACCCUAAUCACCUUGUAAGGAAUAUGGGGUCUGUAGGCUAUGUUGGACUUCCUAGCCAAAGGAGAACACUGGGGAAAGAUGCUCAAAAUCUGCUGAAUUAUUUCAAGAAGAUGCAGGCUGAAAACCCGGGCUUUUAUUAUGCAAUACAGCUGGAUGAUGAUAACCGAAUGACUAAUGUUUUCUGGGCCGAUGCAAGAUCAAGGGCAGCUUACAAUCACUUUGGAGAUGCAGUUAUUUUUGACACAAUGUAUCGACCAAAUCAGUAUCAGAUUCCGUUUGCUCCUUUCACAGGCAUAAAUCAUCAUGGCCAGAUGGUGUUGUUUGGUUGUGCAUUACUUCUGGAUGAGUCUGAGUCUUCCUUUACUUGGCUAUUCAGGACGUGGUUAUCUGCAAUGAACAAUCGAUCUCCCAUUUCCAUCACCACAGACCAAGACAGAGCAAUACAAGCAGCAGUUUCUCAGGUCUUUCCUGAAACUCGCCACUGCAUUUGCAAGUGGCACAUCUUGAGGGAAGGUCAAGAAAGGUUGGCACAUAUCUACCUAGCCCAUCCUUCCUUUUAUGGUGAGAUCUAUGGCUGCAUAAACUUUUCAGAGACGAUUGAGGAUUUUGAAUCAUCAUGGACCACUCUCCUUGAUAAGUACAACCUCCAGAAAAAUGAGUGGCUUCUGGCAGUAUAUAAUGCUCGUAAACAGUGGGCUCCAGUUUAUUUUCGUGGUACUUUCUUUGCUAGUCUUUCUUCUAACCAAGGGGUUUGCUCUUUUUUUGAUGGGUACAUAAAUCAGCAGACAACUAUACCACGUUUUUUAAAACAGUACGAAAGGGCUCUGGAACGUUCUCUAGAGAGGGAAAUAGAAGCAGAUUGUGACACAAUCUGCACCACACCGGUACUAAAAACACCAUCACCUGUGGAACAGCAGGCAGCAAACCUCUACACGAAGAAAGUUUUCUCAAAGUUUCAGGAGGAACUAGUUGAAACUUUUGUGUAUACAGCAAACAAGAUUGAGGGAGAUGGCAUUGUUAGUAAAUACAGGGUUGCAAAAUAUGAACAUGAUGAUAAGGCAUACUUUGUCAUGCUGAAUGUUUCUGAGAUGAAAGCAAGUUGUACAUGUCAGAUGUUUGAAUAUUCUGGUAUUCUAUGUAGACAUAUAUUGACAGUGUUCACAGUGACAAAUGUUCUUACCCUUCCAUCCCAUUACAUAUUAAGGCGGUGGACCAAGAGUGCCAAAUCUUGGGUUGGAUUGGAUGACAAAAAUGCUGAUCCUCAAGGUGUUGAGACUCUAACCGCCCGUUUCAAUAUCCUAUGUCAGGAAGCCUUCAAAUUGGCGGAAGAAGGUUCUGUUGUCCCUGAGACAUAUAGCGCAGCAAUCAAUGCUCUUAGAGAUGCCGUAAAAAAGGUUGCAUUUAUAAAGAAGGAUGUAGCUAAAGUCACCCCACCUAGAUCUUAUAUUAAUGGAAAUAGUCAUGAGGAUGGUAGCAAAAAAACCACUUCUCCGGUCUCAGAAAUGGUCCCAUCUUUAUGGCCAUGGCAAGAUGCAGUAUCACCUCGCUUUAAUCUUAUUGAUAGUGGAGCUCCACUUACUGACUUGAAUCAACCUAGCAUGGUCCCUGUAUCUAUUGAUCGUGAUACUGAUCACGUUGAUAGCACGGUGGUUCUCUCUUGUUUUAAGUCCAUGACUUGGGCUAUAGAAAAUAAAAACGAAGUAGAAGCUUGUAAAGUAGCUGUUAUAAACUUGAAGCUGCAUGACUAUAGCAAGAACCCUUUGGGAGAGACUGAAGUGCAAUUUAGGCUCACAAAGGUAACUCUGGAGCCUAUGUUGCGAUCAAUGGCUUACAUCAGUCAACAGCUCUCAACACCAGUCAAUAGGGUUGCUGCUAUAAAUUUGAAGCUCCAAGAUACAAAGACAACUUCUGGGGAGAAAGAAGUAAAGUUCCAAGUGUCAAAAGAUACUUUGGGUUCGAUGUUGAGAUCAAUGGCCUAUAUUCGUGAACAACUUUGACAACUUAUUGCUUAUCAAACUUCCCAAAUCUUUCAUAGAACUCGACAUGAAUCCAAUUCAAGAUAAAAUGAUUGACCAGAAGUUGAUCAACAAGCAUCGACCAUCACAGGGUUAAAACAUUGGACCAUCAUCAUAGAUAUCUUUCAUGAUUGCUCCCACUGCUAGAUGCAGAUUCACCGAAAGGGGUGGAAGCACUCGAUUUGCUCGAAAUUGGUGGUGAUGGUGGAAGCCUUUCAUUAAACAGACUAAGGCUAUUUGCAGAUGUAGUCUCUAUGGUGAAGACUGAAUCAUCUUCAAAGGGAGAUUGUGACUGUGAAUCAUAUGAGUUCUGGCUUACAGUAUCCGAUUGUGCAGGUGAGAAAUCUUUGAUGCCACAGAAGUUGUCGCAAUCCGUUAUGUAGUUUAAAGCAAAAACAACCUGCAAUAAUUAUUGCUUAAUAGUAGUAAUCUGUUUUUUGUGGUUUUAGCUAUUCUGAUCUAUGUUCAAAGAGGAUAAUAAAGUUUAAUCUGUUAGUGCUACUUAGUUGUGAACCAUGUUGCUCCGACUCUUCAUUUGCUUAAGGGUACUACUUUUUAACUGCUAUAAUGUCUAGUUUGUCACUAACAUGCAGGGUCUCAUAUCAUGAUUGAUAACUAAGUUUAUCAGCAACAUGGAUGCUAAAUAUGGUCCAUGAAUGGAAUCCAUGCAAAGGAGAAGUUUGGAUUUAGGGGGAUAUCGAUAUCUGAAGUGCCAUGAGUAUGUAAAUCAUAAUCGAUGUUGCUCAGUUGUUGUAGCAUUGAAUCUUGAUUUGGAACAUUUCUUCAAAACUUACCUUAUCCAUUGAUAAUCUCUUCUGAGGAUCCUUGGUGAGACACUUCUCGGCUACUCGAACCAUCCAAAAGAGUUGAUGAACAUCAUGCUUAUCGAGGAUCCUUUGGUCAAUUAAAUCUGGGUAGUUCCUGUCUUUCAGUAGUGGUCUUGCCUGCAAGAAGAUAGAAAACUUCAAUAAUGGAAGAUCUGACCUUUCUAUGUGUUACUCAUUUUCUUGGAGUUACACUUCAGCUGCUAGAGUUAUUUAAAGCACUGCACAACUUAGCUAUGUGAUAGGUGGCCAUAGUUCUCAUUAUCCGGAUCCAGGUUAGUUUCAGAUACGAGUAUAUAUCUUUCAUAUAGUUAAUAAUUUAUUCAGAUAUCAAGAGUUUUACCCAUCCAACAAGGCUUUUCCCUCCAAGUCUUUUGUCUGUGGUCUUCAUUCCAGUGAUUAGCUGCAACAGCACAACUCCAAAGGAAUAAACAUCUGUCUUGGUUGACACUUUGCCACAUUCAGCGUAUUCUGGUGCCAAGUAUCCUAAAGUUCCAACAACUCUUGUCAUUGUCUCCGAUGACUUAUCUGAGUCUUCAUGUUGAGUUCUUGCCAAGCCAAAAUCUCCUAGCUGAUAUAGUGAACCGGGUAUGAACUUUGGUGAGUUUGAGGUAAAAGAAUGAAUGUACUUGCAGAAAACAUACAUAUAUACAUGUAUAAAUGUAGUUUGAUCAUUACCAAUGGUUCAAAUUCGUGGGUUACAAGGAUGUUGUUCGGUCUCAUGUCUCGAUGGAUGAUGUUGUUGUCAUGCAAAUAUUUCAAGCCCUUAGCAGUUCCGAGUGCGAUCUUCACCCUCUUUUGCCAACUAAGAGGUCUUCUUGAGUGCUCUGCAAUCAAUUUAGCAAGAAACGAAAUACAUACAUGCAUACAUCGAUUAGAUAUUUCAUUGCACAAAAACGGAGUAAAAAACCAAAGAGUUGUCUUGAAUGAAUCCUUACUCGAUAAAUGAAGGUCAAGUGAACCAUUGCAGACAUAUUCAUAGACAAGUAGCCUGUGGUUUCCUUCAGAGCAAGAACCAACCAGCAUGACCAAGUUCUCAUGUCUCGCUGUCCGAAGCACGUGAACUUCAGACUUGAAUUCUUUCUCACCUUGGAGACUUGCAUUGUACUUGUGUUGCUUUACUGCAAUCUUCAUUCCAUUGAUCUCUCCCCUAUAGACGGAUCCAAAUCCACCUUCCGAUAGGAAGUUUUUAGCACUGAACCCUUCAGUAGCAGCUUGGAGCUCUGCGUAAGUGAAGUCUCUCAUCCAUCCGAUCUUAGGCCUUCGAUUUUUGCAUAUCAAGCAAAGGGAGUUUUUGAAUACUUGAUCCCCCGGAUUUCCCCCCAUCCAAUCAUCGUUGUGGUUAUGUUGCUUUGGAUUUUCAUCUGGACUCUGCAAGUCUUUCUGGUCUCCACUUUCGUUGAUGGAUAGCGGGGAAUGUUCUCCUCCUGUUUCUGGUCCUGUAGUUGUACCGUAUGCUUCAUCAUGGACAUACAUGGAUGAGGAUGAGGACUUCAGUUCAUUAUAACUCAGAACCGGUGCUCUGUUACCAGAAAUACUCGAAGCUGAAGAUGAACCUGAGAUGGAUUUCCUAUUACUAUGCGAUUGAAGCUCUCCAAUGCUUUCACCACCACGAUCUGCAACAACAAAUGACAUGAUUUCUUGACAUGAACAUAAUAUGUUUUACAUAUUGCAUUCCAAAUAACUUACUUUGAGGAGAAUGCAGUCUUUGGGGGCCAAUCGCUGGAAUCAUUUCGGCAUACGGUAUGUGACGUUGUGGCAGUUUGAAAUUAUCCUUUACAUUUGGUCCUCUUAAUUCUUCAGCAUUGCAAUCUUUCUUCAACCUUACUAUAUUACAUGACAGAUUCUCUACAAAGUACCGCUGGUCAUUCUUCAUAUGCCUAUCUCAAAAAUAACACAUAUUUACGAUGUACAAUGUUAAAAUCAGGGAUAAAACUGGUAGGAUAUUUGCAUUUUUGCAAUAAUCAAAUUCGGAUCUGCAUAAUUACUUAAAA